AUGUCGAAUUUGACAAAGCUCGAGAUCGCCGCCCUGGACAUUAGUGGUAACAACUAUUUGUCUUGGACGGUAGGUGCAAAGUUGCACCUAAAAGGAAAUGGUCUCUUGAGCACCAUCGAUAAGUCUGGAAAGACAUCCGAUGAGCAAAAGGCGAAAGCCAUGAUCUUUUUACGCCACCAUAUACAUGAUGGUUUAAAAGAUGAAUACAUCACAAAAGAAGAUCCUGCGGAUCUAUGGAACUCGCUUAAAGUUCGGUUUGAUCAUCAAAAAUAUAUGAUCUUACCGCAAGCGAGGUACGAGUGGUUGAACCUCCGGUUCCAGGAUUAUAAAAGUGUUGCUGAGUACAAUUCCAUUAUGUACAACAUCACUUCCAGGAUGAAAAUGUGUGGAGAGAAUAUCAGUGAAUUUGAUAUGUUGGAAAAAACUCUCUCAACUUUUCAUCCUGAAAAUAUAAUCCUGAGCAACAAUACCGGGCAAGAGAAUUCACCUCGUACUCGGAGUUGA